AAAAUUCAUCAGUACUGUUUGUGACUUAUAAUAUGGAGCAAACGGAGCGUGACUUAGUGGAGCAAUCCGCUCGAUUAAAUACGAGUGAAGAGUUUAUCGCAUGGGAGCAGCAAUGUGAUGAAUUUAUUGAAUUGCUGGAAGAGCGUAGUCGAGUUAAACGCUUGCGAUUAACAAUUGGUGAGAGACAAUCCGCAAUUGCUCAUAUCGCACGACUUGAAGGACUAAAAGACUCAGUGCGCCGACGAUUCAUGCAUGUGGGUGCAGGAUACAGUGCGGGACUCCGAUGGCGUGAAAUAGAUACGGCUUUCGAAAGCCGUAUACUGACCGGUGCGGUGAUUAACACGGACCAUAUUGAUCCACGUCAGUUUCUUGAAGAUGCGUGGGAAAUUGUGAUUGAGCGAGUGGGAGAUGCUAUACGAGAACAUAAUAAUGUAAAAGUGAACACCGUGUUCAACGGUGAGUUUACGAACAUUCGUGGUGAACAUGAUAAUAAAAAUGUCACUACUAAAAAUUAUGAACUUUAUCGCACUUCAAAUCUGCACGAGUGGUACGAGCAACGCGUCAUCGAAGUCACGUUAGCAAUGCUCGAUGAGUUCCAAGAACGUGAUAGCGGAUGGAAAUUGUUGCGAAUCUUAAAUUUGACGGUGAACAUAAACAAGCAUAAUCCCAUGCACGCGGGGUGUGACAUCGCAUUACCACAUGAAAUAAUACUGAAGCGAGCAGUGAUCAACGUGAAAUCUAAAGACAAUGCGUGUUUCGCGUGGUCAGUAGUGGCUGCUCUGCAUCCAGUCGAACGUCAUACGGACCGAACAUCUUCUUAUCCACAUUACGCGACAGUACUUCACUUCAACGGCAUAGAGUUUCCAGUGGCGCUAAAAGACAUUGCAAAAUUUGAACGUAUGAACAGUGUCUCGAUCAACGUGUACAGUGUUGAGAAGAAUGAAAAGGAUUCAAGAAUUCUUCCGAUUCGACUCACCGACAACAAAAAGGAGAAACACGUAAACCUAUUAUAUAUGCAAGAUCCACAAGAUAACAACGUCGGCCAUUUUACAUGGAUUAAAAAUCUGUCUCGUCUCGUGAGCUCACAACUGAGCAAAAAGCAGCACAAAAAAUACAUUUGCGAUCGGUAAGUAUAAUCAUAAGAAGAAGAAGAAACGCAUAU